UGUCAGGCACACAAACUUUUUGACUUGAAAAAUAAAACUGAAGGAUUUAACACAACAAGGCAGCUCACAAAAAUCAAGUUAAGAUCAGAAGGCCAUCUCGCCAGGCCUACAAGCAACAUAUUUCUUCUACCAUGGUUGACAACAUCGUCACAAAGCCUCUUGGGUUAGUUUUAAUCGUCACAGCUCACAUGGUUUUCAACGGCCCCAGCCAAGGACAGGUCACUGGGAUCCUAGGACAGAACGUCACCCUUGAAUUUAGAUUUAAUGAUACUGUCAUUCAUCACAACAGUAAUGUUGCAAUUUAUAUAAAUGGUAUGAAAAAGAUUGCUGAAUGUUUAAAGACCAGUGUUUGCUCAGGAAGAGGUAGCAUAUCCCGUCAAAAUACCUAUGUAGUAUACAAUAUUAGUAAACUCACUGUAAGUGACAGUGACAUUUACUGGGCCAGUUUGUUUAGAGACUCAGGACUCAAAGAAAGUGAUAAGGUGCACCUGAUCGUCCGAGAGGAGAACAGAACCACCACAGUUCCUCCAGCGCCGACUAACGCGACAAUAAUUGAAUCCACUGGAAGUUCCUUUUCCUUUCGUAUCGUCACUGUCCUUGUGGUUUCACCUGUGGUGCUGCUGGCUGCAGUACUUCCCUUGAUCUGGUGUCUCGUGAGAACCAAAGACAAAAAACAACAGCCGUCACCACAAAACUGUAAUCCCACUGUACAGGAAACAGUUGAAGAGUCCAACAGAGUGCCUCCACCCUCACUGGUUUACAGCGUUUUGGACUUCCCCAAAAGGCCUCCUGCAGUUUUGGAGAUGAAUCCAAGUGACACAGAGUACGCCGCCGUGAGCUAUCUUGCAGAAAAGAGAUGGAUGUGACGCACAGCUAAAUGUAAACCUGCUGGUCUUUUCUUGGUUUGCGGAAAGGUUUGCCAGAUGACUUAUAUCCUGUAUAUAUAAACUAAAAAUAUAUUUUUCAUAAAAGUGAUAAAAGCUGUUUUUGUAAUGGAGCUGCAAACCCUCCCAGCCUGAAGGCUUCUUGCAAUAAAUGACAAACAAUGGAGUUUUUAAGUGGGAAGAAAACUUGACUUGAUGUCAGAGUCACCGUUCUACAUGGGUCAUGAGUACUCUAUGUAGGUCUCACUUCAUUUUUGGUGGUCGCAAGAUUGCAGUAGCUGUGGCAAACCACAAGCCAUCACAAACAGUGUCACAGAAACAAAAACCCACUUUCUGAUUUGGUUUGCUGUUGUUUGUGCUUUCAGGGGGCACCAGGCCACCAGUCCCUUAAAGGGUUAGUCUGAUGAGAUUUUAAAUUUUUGUUAUCAUUGACAAAUAUCAUAAAAACUGAUCCUGAAGUGUUUCCCCUGGAACAAAAGUCUUCUCUUCUGCUCCACAGCUCCAUUGUUGUCCACAAACUAUUAAAAACACAUUAGUGAGUCGCACUGUUGCACUGGCUGACAUAUUCCCUCAUUACCAUGAACAUGGGCACUGUAGUUAAUUUUAGAUGAUUCCACCACACACUGUGCUGCCACUUAAAAUUCUCACUAGAGUGUCAAAUGUGUAUGAAGACACAUUUGCAGAUAAUAAUGAUAGAAUAGUCCCCCAAAAUGCACUAUUUACUAUUUACAAAUUAACAUUUGCUAAAAACUACAGUACCCAGAUUGGAGCUUAGUGCCACAGACAAGUUAGGGAGGUCAGACUUCAAGGACUGCACUGAUGGUUUGGUGCUUUUUAAGGUAUUUGCUGGUGAUAACAAAACCACUGAAUAUUACCAGCCUUACCUUUUAAGCCACAGUAAAGUACCUGUAGAUGAUAUUGGCACCAAAUUUACAACUGCACUUCUGAGGUUGUGGAGGGAGUGUGGAGUGGAGAUGACUAACAAGCGUUCAGGGUUUCAGUUUUUAAUGUGUCACUGACAUUUGUUUCCCAAAUUGAAAUCAGAAGUCAGUUUUCGCUUCACUUUUCCUCUCCAGAUGAAAGUUGAACCCCAGUGCUGAACUUUAGAGCAGACUCGAUUAUUAAUAGUUUUUUUUUUUUUUUUUUUUUUUGUAAGGAAGUGUGACAAGUUUACCUGCUCCCUUUUGGUUUCAGAUUUAGUCAUUUGCCUCUUUUCUGUCGAUUGCAUUCAUCACAGUUUUGACUCAUCUCCUUCCUUUUUAUGUUUUUUUAAUCACUUUUAAAAUAAACAAAACUAAGAAGCAUCAGUGAAGUGAAACAGGGACAUGGUGAGACCUAAUUUGUCGAUAAAGAUCUGUUACCAUCUCAACAGCACCAUAUAUUCACAGAAGUGAUUUUUCCAUCUACUGGCAGUUUGACACAUCUCACUACCGUUUUCCACUGCAUGGCAUCUGAUGCUCCCUUGGUGCUUAUUGAUGUUUUAAUAGAUUUGUAAGAUAAGUUAUCAAUAUGUGUUUAAAAAGUGUUAUCAACAUACAAUAUCUGUUGGUGACAGACACACAGGUUGAUUAUUCAUCUCACAUGCUGCUUGUUACUCAGGAAGGAAGAUAAUCAACUAAGCAAGUUAAUUAUGACAGUGGUCACAGUGGCAUGCAACCAGACAAAGACUGAAGCUUCUUCUCUGCUCUGAAAACCCUGGUGGUAAAAUGGCACAGUUUCUUGUCCUGUCAGGUGCUAUCUUUUCACAUAUUAGCAAACUGUUUCCUCCUGAAAUGCACACAUUAUUUUCAAAUCAUAAACUUUUAUUGUUUUUUGUUCCUGUGAGUCUCAUGUACUGUAAGUAACAGAGAAAACUUUUUGCUCUGUUGACAGUGGUGCGUGUUCGAGGCAUUAUGUAAAAUGAGAUAAAAUGCGCUGUGCUGGUUUCAGUGUGUUUUAGUUGUAAAAAAAAAAAAAAAAGUUAAGUAAAGCUGCAUGCUCAGCUUGUUAAGCUUGUAUCCUGAAUAAAAUAGCUGCUGAUUCCA